CGCUUCCAACUGUGCUGGACAGGAGUUCAGUUACUCCUCAGCCUGCUAUUGUUGCCCUCUCACUCUACCCAUUACCCAUGGUGCACUGCCAAGUUUCCAGGGGUUUCUCUGCUGUCAACAAACAUGGCCGAGAUGUCAAUGAACACUGAACCAGACAAAUCAGCGCACCACCAUGUCCCCGCUUUCUCCGUCAGACAUCCCAUGAUUCCGAAACUCUACGUAAUGCCAUGGAAACAGGACAUGAAGAACCAGCGGCUCUUGCUGAAGGCCCAGGUUCCCCGCAGGCCCCACGAAGAGAGCCUGUUUUUGGAGGGAAGAGAGCGGCUCUGUCACGGACAGGGCAGAGCCGGGUCGCUGGACCCCACGGCCCCCGCCCCGCCCCUGACCUGCCGUCCGCCCCCCAUCGCCUCACACCUGUCCAGGUACAACAGCUCUCUGACCACUACCCGGGGCUUGUAUGGACAAGCCCCGCCCUGAUGUCCUACAGAGACUUUCAGCACCUGUCCAGUCAGGAACACCUGGACUAGGAUCACUUGCAUACUCCACGGGACUAGAGGACUCCAUUUUUGGACCCUUUGCUUUAUUUAGUUUCACUGGGGUUUUUUUUUUUGUUGGUCAAAA